UCCUUCCUCCCUCCCUCCCUCCCUCUUCUUAAUCUCCUGACUAAAACUACCUCAACCACCCUUCCUUUUCUUCCUUUCAUCUACUUCACUUCACGACCUCUUCUUUUCUAACCCUUUACAUUCAUUCACCACAUUCAAAUCUUCAAAUCUUCUUCCCUUGGUCAUUUUCAUUUUCUUUGUUUCUCAAAUAGCAAAUUCAUCAUGAGUUCACAACGAUAUGAGAGGGUGCGUAAUCCCCACUAAUCCUCGCCACGAUUUGAGGAGUGGAUAUAGUGGUUAAUGUACGAAGAUGAAUACUAACAUAUUUUGAUUAGGUAUCUGCGAAUGAUGAGGAUACCCCUUCGACACCUACAUCCCCUCCACCAUCUUUCCGAUCGCGAGGCUCUUCUCCCUCCUCACGACAUCAUGUAACUCCCGUCGAUCAAAAUCUAGCGGAUACAUUUGGUGAUGAUGGAUCUGAUGAUGAGGAUAAUGAUGGAGAUGAUAGACAACGAUUAAUGCGUGGAAAUCCUUCUUCGUCAACGGAGCGACUUACGGAAACUUCGGGUGAUGAGAGUCGGCCAGCUACUCAAAGAACAGUCACAGCGGUACCGACGUUUGUGCCGCCGACAGGUGGAAGAGUUUAUGGUGGUGGUUCGGGAUCUGAUGGUGUCUUUGCAAAUUUAAGUGCUAAGCCUGAGAGAGGUGAAAAACAAGAAGAACAUCCACCUGUAUGUGUACCUAUCAUCAUAUUGCACACUCAUGCUGACAACCCAUAGACAUAUGAACAAGCCGCAGCAGACGCAGCUCCACCAUAUUGGGAAACAACCAUUCUCGCACCCGGAUUCGGCGGAUUAGAUGAAGUAUAUGUCGAAGGUCUUCCAGUUGGAUCCUUAUUCUCCUUUAUCUGGAACGGCAUGAUAUCGAUGUCAUUCCAACUCGUCGGUUUCCUCCUUACAUACCUUUUACAUACUACACACGCCGCAAAGAAUGGAUCUCGCGCUGGUCUCGGAAUUACACUCAUACAAUAUGGUUUUUAUAUGAAAGGCACAAAUAAUGUUGUUACACCACCAUCAGGAGGAAGUGAUGCAUCAUAUGCUCAACCUCCUGACGCAAAUAGCCACGAGUUUGAUCCCGACAAGGUUAAUGCAGCCGCGACAGCAGGAAUGGAUUCUGGAAAUGGUGGAAUCUCGGAUAUUGCAAGUAAUGAAUGGUUUGCAUACGCACUUAUGAUAGUUGGAUGGUUUAUCUUAAUUAGAGCUUUCAGUGAUUUCAUCAGAGCGAGGAGACAUGAACAGUUGGUAUUACAAAGUCCAGAUCGUGGAUUACCAGUACCGAUAAUUGCAAGUGGUGAGGAGAAUGAGACGAUUGUCUAAGGGAUGGGUUGGAAAUGGAAAGGAUAGGAUGGUUGAUAUGGAAACUGGAUAUGGAUAUUCAUUCACACGUAAAGAGUAAAGAAGGUUUACCCUGGGAGUUUAUAUGGACAGGAUAGGGUAGGAAGGAUUCAAGAGGAAAUGGAGAUAAGGGGAAUUACUUGAGCAAAGAAUUCCUGUGGUUACUUUUAUACUCCUUUUUCUUUAACGGAUAACUUUUCUUUUUGAACUUUUUAAAUAUCAUCUGGUUGGACAAGCGGGCGUUAGAUAAUCUCAUUCUCCUUUCUUUUGUGGGUAUGAUGUGGUGUGGUAUGGUGUGCUUAUAUGGAUAUCAUUGUGAGCUUAAGUCAUAUGGAGAAGAGAAUUGACUGAUUGAGUUAGAUAGAUGAGUGGAUGGAUGAGUGGACGGAUGGAUGGAUGGAUACAUUGAAAGUUAAUGAAUAUGUGGAAUAUAUAUAUAUACAAUGUUGAGAAUCUGAUGUUUGAAACUUUUAAAACU